UCAGCGGGUUAUCUUAUCAGGCGCCGUGGAAGCCGAUGCCGAAUGCCCGUCGUAAGCGGCCAGCAGAUAUGGGGUUGUUUUGGUUGCUCGCUACCCUCCUACCCUGCCUGAUCUCCACCGCCUGGGCUGUCAACUGCCCCUUCCCGUGUCGGUGCAUCUGGAUAGUGGACAGUCUGUAUGCGGACUGCUCGAAGAGAGCCCUCCAGACUUUCCCCGACUUCGAAGGCAUUCCGGUGGAGCACCUAGACUUGUCGGGCAAUCAGUUCGCAGAGUUCCCAACCCAGUAUGCGGACAUUGACUCGCUGAUCUACUUGGAUCUGUCCAACAACCACAUCUCCACUGUUGGUGCAAGAUCGCUUAUUGGCUAUGGCUCGUUGAUAACCCUGAAGCUGGCCAACAACUCGAUAAUGUCCUGGGAGGAUCUGAGUCCCAAUGAGGCAUUCAAAUCGACCCCCAAACUGAAACGACUCAGCCUGCAAGGCAACCAACUGGGUAACUUUGGAACCGGCGAGAGCUUCGAGUUGCUGAAGAGCCUUUCCCUCACGGAACUGGACAUAUCCUCCUGCGGAAUAAGCAAGCUGGGAGGCGACCAACUCAUCAAUCAGUUGCCAAACUUGGAGCAACUGAGACUGGCUAACAAUAAGAUCGAUGCUCUGGCAAGCCUUCCCUCCCACAGCUUGCGAUUCUUGGACCUGAGCAACUGCAGCAUCAAAUCGCUAACCGAGAUCUUCCUCGACUCGGUGGGCAGCUUGGAGGUCCUCAACCUAUCCCGCAACACGGAGCUAAAGUUUGGGGACUCGGAUGUGGGACCAGUCUUUGCCACCUCUCUUCGAAGGUUGGAUGUCUCCUAUUGUAAUCUGGACAGCAUCGAACUGAGUGGCUUGCCUCAGCUCUCGGAGGUUCGUUUGCGGGGCAAUCUUCUAAGGGAACUGAAUUCGGGAACAUUUGCCAACAACUCCAUGCUGGAGGUUCUUGAUCUUUCGGAGAAUGUGCUCCGCCUUAUUGGCCAGGAUGCCUUCACCAACUUGAAGAGGCUGAAGGAGCUGAACUUGGCCUUCAACGAGAUAGCUCGUUUGGAUCGGAACUUCAUUCGGAACAACGAUGCGCUGGUGGAGCUGAAUCUUAGCCGUAAUGUUCUGCGGAAGUUGACCAAAAUAGUAUCUAACUCUGUGAGGACCAUUAACAUGAGCUGGUGCGAAAUCACUUCGAUAGAAAGCUCGGCCUUGUCGAGUCUCUCGGCCAUCCUGAGGUUGGAUUUGUCCAACAACCUCAUCAGUGAUAUUCCGUCUUUUAUGAGAUCCGAGACACUCCAGGAGCUUAAUCUUGGCAAUUGCAGAAUAUCCACCAUUAGAAACAAUACUUUCCGGGACUUUCCAGAACUAGCUAAUCUUCAUUUAAAUGGAAAUCGUCUGACCAGUCCUAUCCCGCCACUCUAUUUCCGCGGCAACAAGUUUCUAGAUCAGUUAUGGAUGGGCGAUAAUCCCUGGAUAUGCGACUGCCACAACCCACUCUUUGUGGAGUUCUACGACUAUCUCACUUCAAAGCCAGCAAAGAUCAAAGACAAAAAUCACCUGCGGUGUGGUGCUCCUGCCAUUUUCUAUGGAAAGCUCUGGGAGUUCGCCUGUGCCGAUGUAUGGAUUGUGAAUGCCAGGAGCAGUAGUGGUGGAGAAAAGGCCUGGGGUAUCAUCAUGGUAACCCUGAUUGGAAUAGGUGCUCUAAUCCUGGCCUAUGCCUGUCUACAGAAGCAUCUAAGAAAGCGGAAAAUAAGGCAGGACAAUAGGGAGUACUCCGAGAAUGAUGAGGAACUACAACGCAUACGACACCUCAAUAGUCGGAUUCUGCUGGAGGACGCAACUCCCAGCAUCCACCAGAACCAGGAGAUAAGUCUGCUGCCUUCCUACGAAGAUGCCUUGAGAAUGCCCAAGCUGGAAAGGCCAGUAAAGUCCAUGCUGGAUCUUUCGGGUCCAGAAAGAGCCCGCAACUCCCGAAAGCUAAGACGUUCCCAAACCCAUCCCGAUGGCGAUGGCUCUCAGUCGGACAUGGAGGAAGGGCUCCAGCUGGACUCCCGCCAGAGGUUCCGCAGUGCCGAAAUGCUGUCCAACCGGGACAAGGAGAGACGGGCCCAGUACGGACCCUACCGGCGCACUGGGUACAUGGAGUACAAUCAGUCGGGCAGCCGGCGCUUGAGCAUCGAGGAUUCCCGCUUCCCGGCAGCCCAUCUCAAGUCCCAGAAUCUGCAGAGUGCCGAGCAGAUUGGCAACUUCCAGAGCUACGAAAACAGUCCCUACACGAAACGCAAGCCAAAGAUAGCGGAGAUACCGCCCUUCAAGCGGGUCAACAUGAUGGCCGAAAGUGUGGAGUUCCUCACGGAUCCGGAGUACGAGGAUCUGGGCAGCAAGCCGGGCAGUCCGUUUGCCAAACGGAAGCCCAAGCCACCACUGCCCCCGCCCAAUGCCUCCAUGAAGGUCAACGCCCAGGUCUACACGGUGCAGCACUCGCCAGUCAUUGAGCUGGAUCCUGCCAUCGAGGACUACUUUAGUGCCGCCAAGAAACAGGCUUCGUCCUCGACCAUCGCCAGUGAAUUCCAGGAGCUGUUGGAGCCGGAACUUACCUCGCUGCCGGAUGACAAUCGUUCUAGUGCCUCCGGCGGUGGUACGGAGCACGACUUGGAACGCGGACGGCGCAAGAAGCGCCGGAAUUCGGCCAGCCGGCGGGUUAGCGGCAGUUUUACGGCGGAUCGGGCGGCGGACAACUCAUCCAGCGACUCGGAGCACAGGGCUCAGGUGCAUCGGCCCAUGCGAGAGACUCUGUUUUAGGAUUAUCCAUUUCAUUUGAUUACCAUCCCAGAUACAUGUUAUCCAUAACCCAUAAGAUUAUUUAAAAGCCCUACGAAACGAAUGCCAAAUUAAAACGAAAUAUUAACAAUUUUA